ACUGGGGUAUUUGGCUCAGUCAAGAUCAGGAAGUCGAUCUAAAGAGAGACAACGACAAUGAGAAUCACCGAAGAAAAAAAGGAAGACUUUUUGACUUAAAGCUAUAAACUAACAGUGCUGUAUUUACUCUACAACUUAAUAUCAUACAGAUCAUUAAUUAAUAACUUAAUAAUUACACAAACACAUAACGAAAGUGAUAUCGACAUUAUUUGAAGGGGGCAAUUGGUGGAGAAAGGUGUGAAAUGACGGUUACUUCAAUUACUUCAAGCUAUUCGAUGAUGCGGCCCUGUUUCUCUGCAUAUCCUUUCCAAGAUUUGAACUCGAUACCUGGACAAGGUCGGGUAAAUCAGUUAGGUGGUGUUUUCAUAAAUGGACGACCGUUACCCAAUCAUAUACGUUUAAAAAUUGUAGAAAUGGCUGCACAAGGUGUACGGCCUUGUGUAAUAUCGAGAAAUUUGAGAGUUUCACAUGGCUGUGUAUCAAAAAUUCUGAAUCGCUAUCAGGAGACUGGUAGUAUUCGACCAGGAGUAAUUGGCGGCAGCAAACCGCGUGUUGCCACACCUGAGGUUGAAUCAAAAAUUGAGAUCUACAAACGUGACAAUCCAAGCAUUUUUUCUUGGGAAGUUCGAGAUCGGUUAAUUAAGGAUGGUGUAUGUGAUAGAACAACCGCUCCUAGUGUUUCUGCAAUAUCUCGUCUUAUAAGAGAUCGAGAUCCAGAGGAUUCAAAACUAGUAGAUGGAAAGACAAGCUCGGGAUCUGAUUGUGAAAGUGAACCUGGUAUUCAACUGAAACGUAAACAGCGUCGCAGUCGCACAACUUUCACAGCCCAACAGUUGGACGAGCUAGAACGCGCAUUCGAACGGACUCAGUAUCCGGACAUCUAUACUCGCGAAGAACUUGCCCAGCGCACCAAGCUUACCGAGGCACGCAUUCAGGUUUGGUUCAGCAAUCGGCGGGCUAGGUUACGUAAGCAAUCAGCUUCCAGUGGUUACGUAGGAUCUGUGCCGUAUCCUGCUGCGGCCGCUGCCGCUGCUGCCGCCGCUGCUGCUGCAGCGGCGGCUGCUGCAGCAGCCUCCUAUGCAUUACAUCCUUCAACUGCAACCGCUGGACAUACGCAUUCACAAACGCACGUUCAUGCAGGUUCAAGUAGUGCGAUACCUUCAAGUCAACCCCAUGUACCCUCUUCUACGGCCAGUGGACUUCAUGGGCCUGGACAAGACUCCACCAAUUUCUCACCCGCUCAAGAUCUGUAUCCAUCACAGCAUGGUCCAAUAUCUCACCAAUUGCCAACUGAUGCAGUACGAUUGCCUACGAGUCUUAUGAGUUCAGGAUCUACUUAUGGGCUACCCAGUUCUAUGAGCUAUCCUAGUUCCUUAUUAUCACUACCAUCAAAUUCGGUAGCUCAUCAUCAAUUAGUACCGUCUCCGGUAUCAGGAACUUCUUCUGCUGUUACUUACCAACAACAAAAUAUAUCAACGCACCAACUACCGCCGACGCCUAAUUCUUUAGUUACGAUAAUGGGACCUAACUCAGGCAGUUCUAAUUCAGCGUCGGAUCAACUUACUACAGCCGAGCUCUCAGUUGGUUCCGUAUCACCUAUCCAACAUCAACAGCAACAACACCAACAACAACAACAUGGUGUUAACUCGACAUCAUGGAGUGCAUUGCCUCUUGUUUCUGAAAAUAGUGGUGGAUCUAGACUUAGUCUUCCAAGUCCGCCACCACCACCAGGAGCUCCAAGUCUUCCAAGCGGGAUGCAGCAAGUAGCUGCAGUUGCUGCAGCAGCACAUCUACACUCAGCUCAUCAACAUCAAGCUUUUGCCAAUCAUUAUGGUCAGAGUUUUCAGCAGCCAAGGCCAGCGUCUCAUCAACCUUUUUACAGCUGGUACAACUGACCAAACAUUGACUGAAAUUUUUUACUUUUAAUAUUCCGUAAAAUAUCAAUCUACAUAAUGUUUAAAUAACAAGAAAUACAAAUAAAUUAUGAUAAUAAUUAUAUCGACAAAAACAAGUCUGAUAAUAGGAGUGUUAGAAACUUUUGGAGUCAAUAGUUUUGUAAAAGUAGUAUAUACAUAUUUAAAAGUAAUAUUUUAAUUCAUUUAACUUCUUUGUAAGGUAAAAAAAACU